AUGCUUCCUUCGGUACUUGCAUCCCCUGGUCUCAACAGGCCCGGGGUGAGCGCUCUUGUCCGAGAAGGAUAUGGCUUCAGACCGCCAUCUGGGCAUUCUACCCCGCUGAAUACGUCAAUAUCCGGGGUAGAGGCUAGCAGCCCACUACCUGAUCCAAAUGGGCUGGGAUGGCCGGCCAAGUCCACGUUAUCUCGUCUUAAUGCUACGCCGGCAGAGCGCGCCGAACGAGAACAGAAGCUUGCCGGUGCUGUUCGUACUAUUCUCGAGUGCAUUGGCGAGGAUCCCGAUAGGGAGGGUCUCCUCCGGACGCCAGAGCGAUACGCCCAAGCGCUCAUGUGGAUGACCCGAGGAUAUGAAGAACGCUUGGCAGAUGUCAUUAACGAUGCCGUCUUUGCCGAAGACCACGAGGAGAUGGUUAUUGUGCGUGAUAUUGACAUAUCAAGCUUGUGCGAGCAUCAUCUCGUUCCAUUCACGGGCAAGAUCGCAAUAGCGUAUAUACCCAACCAUCUCGUACUCGGCUUGUCGAAGCUGGCCCGCAUUGCUGAAACCUUUAGUCGCCGUCUACAAGUUCAAGAACGCCUCACAAAGCAGAUUGCACUUGCUGUGCAAGAAGCUAUCAAGCCUCGUGGAGUCGCCGUCGUGAUGGAAGCAACUCACUUAUGCAUGACUAUGCGGGGCGUGCAGAAACCAGGGGCUAUCACGGUAACGUCUUGUAUGCUUGGCUGUUUCCGAACGCAGCAAAAGACCCGAGAAGAGUUCUUGACCCUCAUCAAGGGACGUUAA